UACAGAUUUCGAAGGAAAACAUAAGGAAAGAAAUCUUCGAAAAUGAAUACAAUUCGGGACGAGAAAAUGUAUUUACGGGCGAGGAUUGGGAGGAAUAUGAAGUGUCCCAAAUGCCACACUUCAUACAGAACAGAUAAUAGGCGUUCCCCAAAUAGACGAGCACCAGUCCUGCUGUCAUGUGGUCACAGUUGUUGUGAAACCUGUGCUCAGAGUGCAUUGUUGUACAUCUGUAGUCUUUGCAAUGAGGACUUUGUCAAGAAUGCAGUGAGAACAAGGCUACAUUUAGGUGCAGAAAAUGCAUGUCUGAAUUAUGUGACCCAUGCUUCAAGAAGAUCCACGCACACAAAACCAUGA